AUGGAGAUGGAGAUGGAGAUGGAGGUGAGGGUGUGGUGGGUGGUGUUGGGCGUGGGCGUGGGCGUGGGCGUGGGCGUGGGUGUGGGCGUGGUGGUGGGUGUGGUGGGUGUGGUGGUGGGUGUGGUGGGUGUGGUGGUGGGUGUGGUGGUUUUAACAGUAGUGUAUUUUUUAUAUGGGCGAGAAGUGGGUGGUCCGUGUGGGUGGUCCGUGUGGGUGGUCCGUGUGGGUGGUCCGUGUGACAAAGUUUUGACAUUCAUGGCGCACACUAAUGACGAGAGAUUAACAUCGCAAGACUUUUUGUUAGGUGGUGUCCGCUUGGUCUAG